UGUGUGACUGCUUCACAGAUUUUGAGGGAUGAGUUGGACUUGCCCAGAGAGAAAAGAAUUCCAGAAAAAUGAAAUUGCAUUAAUAAAACCUAGAGAUGGAAAAAAAGUAAACUGGCCAGUAUCCAAUGUGGCUUGGGAAUGGGGUGGAAUAGAACUUUUAACACAGGUGUAGGCCCUAUAACAUAUUAAAGGAUUGGUAACAAGGGCUUUUUGUAAUCGGUGGAUCGGAGGUUAAGAUGGGUGAAGAUGUAGAAAGGUGGAAAAGAAAGCAAUUGGUGAAAAUUGUACUUCAUGGCUUCUUUAUUCUCUGCAGAGUAGAUGAAGUCAUUUGCAGAGAGAGAGGAGGCUGGUACUGGAGUUGGGGGUUGGAAGAAAGAAAUAAGGAUUUGCAACAACACUGACGGGGAGUAGGAAGAGGAAUCAUUGAAGGAAUGUUAAAGAAUUGCUAAGCAACAUUGAAAGUCUAGCUUUGUUUGGAUUUAGAUAUUUAUAAUGAAUACAGUGAACAAGGACAUGUGGCCUUUUUAAGUGGUAUAUGGUAGCACAAGAGAAGUGGGGAAAUACAUACUGUUUAUGGAGAUUUAUAAACAGGGUGAACUCGUCUACAAACAGAGUAAGAUCCUUGAAGGGGUAGUGUGAGUGUAGAGAAAUGGACAGUUCCCCGGCUAGGUUUGAAAAGAAGCUUGGGAGAGGUCAGAGAGACAAAAGAGGAAAGAGAUGGAGGUCCAAAGACUAGAGGCUGAGAUGAGCUGAGUAAAGAUGACAGCAAUCAAGCAUGCGUUACAAAGAGACAUUUUUACACCAAAUGAUGAACGCCUGCUGAGUAUUGUCAAUGUCUGCAAAGCAGGAAAAAAGAAAAAGAACUGUUUUUUGUGUGCCACAGUGACAACUGAACGCCCUGUGCAGGUGAAGGUGGUCAAAGUCAAGAAAUCUGACAAAGGAGAUUUCUACAAAAGGCAGAUUGCUUGGGCCCUUCGAGACCUUGCUGUGGUAGAUGCCAAAGAUGCUAUUAAAGAAAAUCCUGAAUUUGAUUUACAUUUUGAAAAAAUAUAUAAAUGGGUUGCCAGCAGCACUGCUGAAAAGAAUGCAUUUAUUUCAUGCAUUUGGAAAUUGAAUCAACGCUAUCUCCGGAAGAAAAUUGAUUUUGUCAAUGUCAGUUCACAGCUUUUGGAAGAAUCUGUUCCAAGUGGAGAAAACCAGAGUGUGACAGGAGGUGAUGAAGAAGCAGUAGAUGAAUACCAAGAGUUAAAUGCGCGAGAAGAGCAGGAUAUUGAAAUCAUAAUGGAAGGCUGUGAAUAUGCAAUUUCUAAUGCUGAGGCCUUUGCUGAAAGGUUGUCCAGAGAGCUGCAGGUGCUAGAUGGGGCUAACAUCCAGUCAAUCAUGGCCUCUGAAAAACAAGUGAACAUCCUGAUGAAACUGUUGGAUGAGGCUCUACAGGAGGUAGAUCAGAUUGAAUUUAAACUCAGCAGUUAUGAGGAAAUGCUCCAAAGUGUGAAAGAACAAAUGGACCAGAUCUCUGAAAGCAACCACCUAAUUCACCUUAGUAACACUAAUAAUGUAAAACUCCUGUCUGAGAUAGAGUUCCUUGUGAACCAUAUGGACUUGGCCAAAGGUCAUAUAAAGGCCCUUCAGGAAGGAGAUCUUGCUUCUUCUAGAGGCAUUGAGGCCUGCACCAAUGCCGCCGAUGCCCUUCUGCAGUGCAUGAAUGUCGCUCUUCGACCAGGCCAUGACAAGCUCCUGGCAGUCAAACAACAGCAGCAGCGCUUCAGUGAUUUGCGAGAGCAUUUUGCCCGGAGAUUGGCCAGUCACCUCAACAAUGUUUUCGUUCAACAGUUUACUCAGGCUCUCCUUCAACUCUAUAAUAGGUCCUCCUUUCUUUCGGUGCCUGGUCAUGAUCAGAGUUCAACUCUUGCUCAACACUCUAUUGAACUGACUUUACCCAAUCAUCAUCCAUUUCAUAGAGACUUGCUCCGAUAUGCCAAGCUGAUGGAGUGGCUGAAGAGUACAGAUUACGGAAAAUAUGAGGGACUGACAAAGAAUUACAUGGAUUAUUUAUCACGACUGUAUGAAAGAGAAAUUAAAGAUUUCUUUGAAGUUGCAAAGAUCAAGAUGACUGGCACAACUAAAGAAAGCAAGAAGUUUGCUACACUUCCUCGAAAAGAAAGUGCUGUCAAACAGGAAACAGAGAGUCUUCAUGGAAGUUCUGGGAAAUUAACUGGAUCUACUUCUAGUCUAAACAAACUCAGUAUUCAGAGUUCAGGGAAUCGCAGAUCUCAGUCAUCUUCCUUAUUGGAUAUGGGAAACAUGUCUACUUCUGAUCUCGAUGUUGCGGACAGAACCAAAUUUGAUAAGAUCUUUGAACAGGUACUCAGUGAACUGGAGCCCCUGUGUCUAGCAGAACAGGACUUCAUAAGUAAAUUUUUCAAACUACAGCAACAUCAAAGUAUGCCUGGAACUGUGACUGAAGCAGAUGACCUAGAUGGAGGAACGUCAUCAAGGCAACAUAAUUCUGGCACACCAUUGCCCAUUUCAUCUGAGAAAGAUAUGAUCCGCCAAAUGAUGACUAAAAUAUUUCGCUGCAUUGAGCCAGAACUGAACAACCUAAUUGCAUUAGGAGACAAAAUUGAUAGCUUUAACUCCCUUUACAUGCUAGUGAAAAUGAGUCAUCAUGUGUGGACUGCACAAAAUGUGGACCCUGCUUCUUUUCUGAGCACUACAUUGGGAAAUGUUUUGGUGACUGUCAAAAGGAACUUUGACAAAUGCAUUAGUAACCAAAUAAGGCAAAUGGAAGAAGUAAAGAUCUCAAAGAAGAGUAAAGUAGGAAUUCUUCCAUUUGUUGCUGAAUUUGAAGAAUUUGCUGGGCUUGCAGAAUCAAUCUUCAAAAAUGCUGAGCGUCGUGGAGAUCUUGAUAAAGCAUAUACUAAACUUAUCAGAGGAGUAUUUGUUAACGUGGAGAAAGUAGCUAAUGAAAGCCAGAAGACCCCCAGGGAUGUAGUUAUGAUGGAAAACUUUCACCAUAUUUUUGCAACACUUUCUCGUUUGAAAAUCUCAUGUCUAGAAGCUGAGAAAAAAGAAGCCAAACAAAAAUACACAGAUCACCUGCAGUCUUAUGUCAUUUAUUCUUUAGGACAACCUCUUGAAAAACUAAAUCAUUUCUUUGAAGGCGUUGAAGCUCGUGUAGCACAGGGUAUAAGAGAGGAAGAAGUAAGCUAUCAACUUGCGUUUAACAAACAAGAACUUCGUAAAGUUAUUAAAGAGUAUCCUGGAAAGGAAGUGAAAAAAGGUCUAGAUAACCUCUACAAGAAGGUUGAUAAACAUUUAUGUGAAGAGGAGAAUUUACUUCAGGUGGUGUGGCACUCCAUGCAGGAUGAAUUUAUACGCCAGUACAAGCACUUUGAAGGUUUGAUAGCUCGCUGUUAUCCUGGAUCUGGUGUUACAAUGGAAUUCACUAUUCAGGACAUUCUGGAUUAUUGCUCCAGCAUUGCACAGUCUCACUAAACUUUAUGAAAGAAGAAAAGAUAAAUGAAGAAAGCACUCUGAGUAUACUAGACACUAUCAAAAAUAUCAGCAACUGUUUUGAGAACCCAGCCUUGAAACUUUAUGUAUUUAAAUGUCAAAUAAAUGGAUAACACCAUUAUAAAUGGAUAAUACUACACAUAUUCAAGAGCAAAAAGUACCAACUUAUAUAACAGUUUUAUUUAAUCAAUAGGCUGUGUACUAACUUAAAGCAUUUAUCUUUUAAAAUGCCUUUAGCAUUUUUUCUAUGACAACAAUUUUCCUUUAUUGCCUAGCUUCUUGUAUUUGUGAGUGGUUAUCCUAUGAGUAAUGCAUUGGGAAUAUUUCAGCUUCCACUAAUUCACUAUUGCUUAUAAAUCAUGUAACUACUAAACAUUGUACAGAACUUUUUCCCUCUUUCUAAUAUGUAUAUGAUAAGGGAUCUUGUAAUGAUCAAUCAUAAACUCAGAUUUUGAAAAUUAUGUGACCAUGUGGCAAUGACUCUGAAAUAAAGAAAUUUUCAAAAAAAUUGAAGUUUGCUAUUAU